GUUGGACGAGUUGCUCGAGAAGGCGCGAAGCCAACGUUGCCUGUGCGUCUCCAGACUAUUUAGUUCACGCAGUCGCAGCUAUAACUCAACACUUGCACACAAGGCACUCAGGCCCUUCGCUCGAUAUAACGCUCACUGUCUCUCAAGAUGGCCCCCAAGCUGUAUUAUUUUGCCAUUCCCGGGCGCGGAGAGGUUGCGCGCCUGUUGUUCCACAUCGGCAACGUUCAGUUCGAGGACGUGCGUAUCGAUGGGCCCACCUGGCCGGAGCAGAAGUCAAAGUUCCCAUUUGGCCAGGUGCCGGUGCUGGAGCUGGACGACGGGCGCAUGCUGGCUCAGAGCGGUGCCAUUGGCCGCUAUGUGGCGAAGCUGGCGGGUCUGUACCCGGAGGACCCCAUCCAGGCGGCGUUUGCGGACCAGGCCGUGUUCCUGGUUCAGGACGUCUGGGAUGCCACCCUGAUGCCCUCAUUCUCCCUACCGGCUGAGGAGAGGGCCAAGGCCCGGCAAGACGCCCUGGCAGGCAAGGGCGGAGACAAGCUGAAGCAAAUGGAGAAGCUGCUGGAGCCGGUAGAGAAGAGCGGCGGCUGGGUGGCGGGCGGCGACAAGAUGAGUUUCGCUGACCUGGAGAUUUACGUGUCGCUCUCCAACCUCGUGUGUGGCAUGUUCGAUGGCAUUCCCAAGAACCUGCUGGACUCCUACCCGGUGCUCAAGGCCUACCGCAACCGGGUGGCUCAGGUGCCCGCCAUUAAGGCAUUCUACGACAAGGACGGCGAGGGCGUGCGGGCGGCGUUCCGGCCAGACGCGUAAUGGCCUUCAGAGCGUAGACGGAUGUCUUACGGUAUAGCAUGGAGGUGGCUUCGGACGUCGUUGGCUGGGUAAUUCUUUUCGGAUUGAUGAGGUUUUGGUAUGGCUCGUACAUAAUCUGGAAAGACCGUUUGUCUUUUUGUCGGGAACAUGGAAAUACAUACCGUACAGUGCGUAAGCGUUACGUCUAUGAAGACGGCGAGGAUGCGCAGCAGGAAGAUGUACGAUGAGAUUACGAUGGGUACCCGGCUGAGAUCCGAGUGCGGAGGAAGUCGUAAAAUGCAGAGGUGAAAGGCGGAUACGAACGACAUCUGACACGCAAGUGAGCACGGACACACCAGAAGAUCAAAGCAAAUGCAUCUGGCUGUGCUUUGCACUGCACUUUUUGCACGCACGUCUUUUACCUCCACACCACGAACACCGUGCCAUAAUCCACCAAUACUUAUUUAAUGCUGCUACCUGCUGAAGUCCAUUGCAACA